UACCCAAAAUGGUUUCUUCCGAAACUCUGAUCUUAACGCUUGCGACCAUGUUCUUCAUCUCCAUCUUCUUCUCCCCCACCGCUGCCACCAUCUCCCUCACCGUCUCCCCAAAAACCCUAACCAAAUCCAACCACAGCGUCCGCAUCCAGUGGUCCGGCAUACCAUCUCCCUCAUCCCUCGACUGGCUCGGCAUCUAUUCCCCACCGGAAUCCGCCAACGAGAACUUCAUUGGUUAUCUCUUCCUCAACUCAUCCCCCUCAUGGCCUUCUGGCGCCGGAGAGCUCCGCAUACCCCUUGUCAAUCUCCGCUCCAACUACACUUUCCGACUCUUCAGAUGGAAGCCGGAGGAGGUCAACUACCGCCAUCGUGACCAUGAUCACAACCCGCUUCCGGGUACGCGGCAUCGCUUGGCGGAGUCGGAGGAAGUGGGGUUCGAGGGAGCAUCUGCGCCGGAUCAAGUUCAUUUGGCAUUUACUGAUAGGGAUGAUGAGAUGAGGGUGAUGUUUCUGACCGGGGGUGGAAAUGAAGAGUUUGUGAGAUAUGGAUUGGAGGGGAAGAUGGAUAACAUCGUUGGGACGAAGGUCACGAAGUACGAGAGAAAGGAUAUGUGCGAUUUUCCGGCGAAUUCGAGCUUGGGGUGGAGGGAUCCGGGGUUUAUUCAUGAUGGGGUUAUGACGAAUUUGGAGAAGGGGAAGAAGUACUAUUACAGGGUUGGCAGUGAUGCUAGAGGAUGGACUGAAACUUUCAGUUUCAUAUCUCGUGACAAUGAAGCAAAUGAGACAAUUGCAUAUCUUUUUGGGGACAUGGGCACAUCUGUUCCCUAUUCAACUUUUUAUCGCACACAAGAGGAGAGCAAGUCAACUGUGAAGUGGAUUCUUCGAGAUCUUGAAGGCCUUGGUGAUAAGCCAGCAUUCAUUUCACAUAUUGGAGACAUCAGCUAUGCUAGGGGAUUCUCCUGGAUUUGGGAUGAAUUUUUCAGUCUUAUAGAACCCAUUGCUUCAAGGGUCCCUUACCAUGUUUGCAUUGGUAAUCACGAAUAUGACUGGCCAUUACAGCCUUGGAGACCAUCAUGGUCUUGGGGUCUUUAUGGAACAGAUGGUGGAGGAGAAUGUGGUGUUCCAUAUAGCCUAAAAUUUAAAAUGCCUGGAAAGUCCUCCUUUCCCACUGGAACAGGAGCUCCAGAUACUCAGAAUCUGUACUAUUCAUUUGACGCUGGAGUUGUGCAUUUCCUCUAUAUUUCAACAGAAACUGAUUUUCUUCGCGGUAGUGAUCAGUACAAUUUUAUCAAAGCUGAUUUGGAGAGUGUCAACAGAGAUAGAACACCAUUUGUUGUUGUCCAAGGCCAUCGUCCCAUGUACACAACAAGUGAUGAAGAAAGGGAUACACCACUGAGGGAGAGGAUGUUGGAGAACCUGGAGCCUCUUUUGGUAGAAAACAAUGUAACCCUUGCUCUAUGGGGCCAUGUUCAUAGAUAUGAAAGGUUCUGCCCCUUGAGAAACUACAGCUGUGUGGAUAUAGCUUCAGACUCCUUACCCAUGGCUGCAACAGUACAUGUGGUAAUAGGAAUGGCAGGGCAGGAUUGGCAAGCGAGCUGGAAACCAAGGUCAGAUCACAGAGAUGUCCCGAUCUAUCCACAGCCAAAGCAAUCAAUGUAUCGUGGGGGUGAAUUUGGAUACACAAAACUUGUUGCUACAAGAGAGAAACUAACGCUAACCUACUUUGGAAAUCAUGAUGGUGACAUGCAUGACAUUGUGGAGAUACAAUCAGGCCAAAUUCCUAAAAUUAGCGCUGGUGAGGUUAGAGCUGUGAGCGAGCUUAAAUUCUCCUGGUAUAUGCAGGGAGCAGGUAUUUUGAUACUUGGGGCCUUUAUUGGCUAUGUUCUUGGGUUUUUAAUUCGCUGCAAAAGGGAUGCUGCACAGAGGAAUACUUGGACUCCUGUGAAGAGUGAAGAAACAUGAAACAAUCGUCUUGUAGCUAGCUCAUCAGUGUACAGAUUGCAUGAUUUCAGAAAAAAAUGAUGAAUUUCAGGAGUUUAUUUGGCGAGGAUUGUGUUUAGUACUAUGUGUGCCAGCCAUGGAACAAACCUAGAAGUUUUCCAUCAUAUUUGUGUUUCCAAGGUGAUCCUCUUAUAUAUUUCUGCUAUUUCUUAGCAAGCUGUUGUGACUAUCCGGAUGACUAGAUAUCUAAUGAAGUUCUAUGGUUGUGCCUCUAAGUGACAACAUGUAUUGGUUAGUUCUUGUACAGAAAGGAGUGAAAGAUAUGGUAUGUUGGUUUAUACAUGUUGCCCAAUAUUUUCUGUUUAUAUAAUGAAGUUAUAUUGCCAAGGGCCAGCUUAGUUACCUGUAUCUUUCAGGCUUUAUAAUUGUGUACUUCUAUAUUAUGCCAAUAAUACGUAUACCUUUCAGAGUUCUUACUCAGUCAAGAAAUAAAUUGCUCGCUUAUUGACAA